UCACAGUCAACUACGAGCUAAUAAAUUAAUGCAAUCGUUUGAGUGACAAACAUUAUAGUUUUGUUAAUUACCCUAGUCUUGGUUGGCUUAGUCGACCUCGUUAAGCAUUACAGAAUUUGGUUAUAUUUAUAUGAAAAUUUUUCAUACAUGUUACUAUGACAACAGAGUCAAUGGGAUGAAACAAGUAAAAAGGUGGUGUUUCAGGACUAAAUGCUGAUAUCUGAAAAUAAAGCUCAUGGAAGCUGUUUUAAGUGUAAUAUUUUGGUUUGAAAGGAAAAUUAAUAAACAUUUGUAAUGUUUUUAGAAUGUUUUAUUUAAAUAGGUUGGCACUUAAAAGUGAAAAAGAUGCAUAAUAUGAUUAAAAAUAGAAGCCAGCUUUUUGUCUUGAGUAAAUGCAGCAGAUGGAAUGUGAACACAUUCUAUGAUUGUCAAAAAACUGACAAUUCAAAACUUGGAAACAGACAGGCACAGCUAAUGGCUCGUGGAUUGCCAAAGCAGAAGCCAAUUACUGGAGUCAAACAGAUAAUACUUGUGGCUUCGGGAAAGGGUGGUGUUGGAAAAUCUACAACUGCAGUCAAUCUCUCAGCAGCACUGAAAUCUGUUGAACCAAACAAGAUUGUGGGCCUGCUUGAUACAGAUGUGUAUGGUCCUUCUGUUCCGCUUAUGAUGAACCUCCAUGAAACUCCUCUGCUGACCAGAGAUAACAUGAUGAUUCCUUUAGUUAAUUAUGGAUUGCAAUGUAUGUCAAUGGGCUUCCUUGUUGAUGACAGAUCACCUGUUAUAUGGAGGGGCCUUAUGGUGAUGAGUGCACUGGAGAAACUCCUGCGGCAGGUGGCAUGGGAUGCAGUGGACUAUCUUGUAGUGGACACACCACCUGGGACAGGAGACACUCACUUGUCUCUAAUACAGAAUUUGCCGUUGGAAGGUGUAGUACUGGUAACGACACCACAAGCUGCAGCAGUUGAGGUAACCAGAAGAGGUGCAGUCAUGUUUCAGAGGCUUAAAGUGCCCAUUAUAGGAGUUGUUCAGAACAUGAAUACAGUUGUGUGUCCAAAAUGUCACCAUUCUCUUUCCUUGUAUGGCCAUGGUACUGAAGCCUUAACUUCUGAAUUAGGUGUUGAUUUAUUACAAGACAUACCAAUGGAUCCUGCAAUAACAGAAACCACAGAUCAGGGGAAGCCUAUAGUUGUAGCACUACCAAACAGCUCCCAGGCUGAAGCAUAUAAGACACUUGCCAGAAAAGUAAUAACAUUCUUAAAGAAGCAAGAAGUUCCAGAAAACAAAAUAUGAACUUCAGUGUGGAAGAUGUGUAUCUAAUAUAUGUAUAUAAAAUGUAACUAUUCUGUUUCCUACUGUAGACCUAAUGCAAAACACCCAAAUAUUUAGUCCAUACUCUUGCCAGUAUGUAUAGUAGUGACAACUGUUGAAUUACUGCACAGAUAUUGCAGUCAAGUUUAGACUGGGAACUGAAUCCUUAUUCACAUAUUUCUUUUUAAUUAUAUAAGUGAACUUCACUUCAUUUAGGUAUUAUUCGUUCUUCAGAUUUUGAGUUACUACAUAUUGUCAUGCCAAUCACAGUGACCACAUGGUCUAAGACAUGAACAGUCUUAACUUGCUUGAAUGCUGGGAUCAUGGGUUUGAA